AUGUCCGCUACAUUGGCCGACCCGUAUCGAGGCUUUGCAGUCACCUUUACUCAAGCGGAAAAACCCGACGAUCAUGAUUUGAUCACGUAUGAUGCGACCCAGUCGCAGGCGCGCGAGAAGAUGCUAAGCAGUCUUUCCUACCAUUCCGACGACGCCAGCACAUCAUCCUUUGGCAGUCAUAGUCUGCAAGCAGGGCUACCUCUCCCAGAGCCCCAAACAAACGGUACCCACGAGCCGCAGUCGAAUUUUCUUCCUGUGCACCAGUUACUCCAUCCGCCUCAUUAUAGCUACGAUAAUAUAUCUUACUCGUCAGACGCACGGAGACGUUCACACACCGGAAGUGAAAUCGACAAUCCUCGAGAUAUGGAGUUACCUUUACCAGUUGGACUUCCACAGCCUGUACAUCCCAUGCCUAUGGAUGGUUCAGGUCCUGGUAUUUCGGAAUCCGAGAUGCAUUUUCCAAGCCUUCAGAAUGAUCAUUCGGGAUCUCACCCCUCAUCGAACCAUGGCUAUGCUUCUCCGAUGUCAUUAUCUCUUCCCCUGCCGAUUCCGCAACAUCAUCACCAUCGUCUUCCAUCGCAGGCGGGUCUCCUUUCCAACUUUCAUAAUCAUGGAUCCCCGACCUCAAGGAUGGGUCCGCCAAAUCUGGUCGGUCAGCCUGGAAUGCCGCGACCUGCUAAUCGGCCAAGGGCACCGAAGCUGAAAUUCAAGCCAGAGGAAGAUGCCUUGCUGAUAGACUUGAAAGAAGAGAGGAGGUUGACUUGGAAGCAAAUCUCGGAUUUCUUCCCUGGUCGCACAAGCGGGACCCUGCAGGUCCGCUAUUGCACAAAGUUGAAGUCGAAAGAUGUGAAUUGGACUGAGGAAAUGAUAAAUCGACUCGACAAAGCGUUGCGGGAUUAUGAGGACGACCGCUGGCGAGUCGUGGCAGCGAAGGUAGGACAUGGCUUCACUCCAGCAGCAUGUCGAAUUCGGGCAUUGAAUCUUGACCCAGAGGAAGAGGGUAUGGAGGAUCCUCAUGAUAUGGUUGAUCACAUUGAGGUUGAUGAUAUUGAGGUUCAACAUGGUAUUGAGGUUCAUCGCGCUCUUGAGGCUCAGCAUGCUCUCGAGGCUCAGCGUGCUAUUGAAGGCCGGCAUUAG